UGCACAGAGAGAGGCUGCGGGGCGGACGCACGGCCCGGCGCAGCCAUGGUGAAGAUCAGCUUCCAGCCCGCCGUGGCCGGCAUCAAGGCCGACAAGGCCGACAAGGCUUCGGCGUCGGCCUCGGCCCCGGCGCCCGCCCCGGCCGCUGAGAUCCUGCUGACGCCGGCUCGGGAGGAGCGCCCCCCCCCCCACCGCUACAAGAAGGGGGGCUCCGUGGGCGGCGUGUGCUACCUGUCGAUGGGCAUGGUCGUACUGCUCAUGGGCCUCGUGUUUGCCUCCGUCUACAUCUACAGAUAUUUCUUCCUGGCUCAGCUGGCCAGAGACAACUUCUUCCACUGCGGCGUCCUCUACGAGGACUCCCUGUCCUCCCAGGUCCGCACCCGGAUGGAGCUGGAGGAGGACGUGAAGAUCUACCUCGAAGAGAACUACGAGCGCAUCAACGUGCCUGUGCCCCAGUUUGGCGGCGGCGACCCCGCAGACAUCAUCCACGACUUUCAACGGGGUCUCACCGCCUACCACGACAUCUCCCUGGACAAGUGCUAUGUCAUCGAGCUCAACACCACCAUUGUGCUGCCCCCUCGCAACUUCUGGGAGCUCCUCAUGAAUGUGAAGAGAGGGACCUACCUCCCGCAGACGUACAUCAUCCAGGAGGAGAUGGUGGUCACGGAGCACGUCAGCGACAAGGAGGCGCUGGGCUCCUUCAUCUACCACCUGUGCAGCGGGAAGGACACCUACCGGCUGCGGCGCCGGGCUACCCGGAGGCGGAUCAACAAGCGUGCGGCCAAAAACUGCAGUGCUAUCCGCCACUUCGAGAACACCUUCGUGGUCGAGACGCUCAUCUGCGGGGUGGUGUGAUGGCCCCCUCCCUCAGGGCCCCGGCCCUGCACUCCUCCUUUUCUUCUUCUGGCCGCUCUCCGGCCCUCCUCCUUCCCCUCGCUUCGCUUGUACUUUGGACCCCUUUCCAUACAUGUGACGUGUCUCCCUUCCUCUCCAGCCCUGCCCGCCUCCCUGUACCAGAGCCGUGACCUCUCGGGGCCCCCACCUCUACUGACCUCCUGGGUCUGGGGGAUGGAGGGGGUGCCCUAGGAUGGUUUCUGUGACCACCAUCUUGAAGUUGGGGCCUCCAGGCCCAGCCCACAGCUGCGCUGGCAGCCCUGGGGAAGGACUGGACAGAGGGGCCGGGCAUGUGGGGGUCCCGGCGAGGGGAUGGGGUGGGGGGAGGGUGUGGCGUGGGGUUCAGAAAUGUCUGCAGAGUCGGGAAAGUCCCAAAAGGCUUUCUCUUUGGCCGGCACACUUCCUCCUGUGUCCGGAUUCCUGGGCCUGGGCUGAGGAUGGGGGGAAUGUGUCCGAGGGUGGACCCACCCAGAGCACAAGGGAAGGCGGCUGUCCUGGGGUCUCUCCAGGACUCCUGUCAGUGCCUUCAGCCCAGCUGUCGGAGCCUGGAGUUUAGGGGGUGGGGAUGAGUCGAUCAAGCACAAUCGCUCUCCGAGUGGAACCAAAGAGGGAAGGAGCCAGGGCCCCCAGCCGUGGCCCCCAGGAGCACAGAGCCGGGCCCUGUGGCCUCAGCCACAGAGUAUGGGGGAGAGGGGCGGCGCUUCUCUCGCCUCGUCCUCAAGCAGCCCUGCCGAGCUGAGCACUGAGCAGAUGAGCUGUAGGUCCUGAGUGGGUGGGCGCGUUGCCGUCUCCAAGCUUAGGGCUGUUGUAAAGAUAACGUGGGGGCAGGGAGGGCCACCUGGUACUUGUACACCCUGCCUCCUCUUUGUUCGGAAAUUCCGUCCCCCUCUGCUUUGGGGGAACGCAGCAUUUUUCCUUUCCCUUCUCACUUCUGCAUGUUUUUACUGAUCGUUCAAUAUGCUAACCGUUCUCAGCCCGGAGCCUUGAAGAGGAGGCUGCGACGCCUCCAGUCAGACGUGGUGCUCUCUGGAGAUGAAACUCUUAAAUGCUUUGUAUAUUUUCUCAGUUAGAUCUCUUUUCAGAAGUGUCUGUAGAAUAAUAAAAAUCUUUGACUUCUGA